AUGGAAACCACACCCUACAAUUUAGAAAGACUGAUUGCUUUUUUUCUUUGUAGGUCAGUAGCUAAUGAUCGCUACAGCCUGUGGAAGCUGGGAAUCACCCAUGUUGUGAAUGCAGCUCAUGGGAAGACGCACUGUCAGGGGAAUCACUACUUCUAUGGAUCCACCGUGGAUUAUUAUGGAGUGCCUGCAGAUGACUCACCGUCUUUUGACCUCUCUCGAUAUUUCUUUCCGUCUGCUGAGUAUAUUCAUAACGCACUUGACACGACAAGUGCUCGAGUUCUCGUCCACUGUGCUGUUGGCGUGAGCAGGUCUGCCUCCAUCGUCCUGGCCUACCUAAUGAUCUACCACAAUUACACGCUCCUAGAUGCAAUCAAUAAGGUCAAAGAGCGCAGGUGGAUCUUCCCAAACAGAGGAUUCCUUAAACAGCUUCGUGCUUUGGAUAUGAAACUGCAAAAGACUUCAUGACCGCUUCAAAAAAUAAAGAUCUUCUAAUGCACAUAACCUCAAAACAGCUUUUUCUCCAGACAAAUGAGAGACUUGAUGACUGUGUCAGUUGAA